AUGUCGACUAUUAUUGCAUCAAACAUCCCAAUUACAGUUUCUCUUGAUAAACUCCAUGAGUUCUUUUCUUUCUGUGGAGCAAUUAAGUCCAUUACUCCGCUUGAUAAGCUGGGAAUGUCUCAAGAAGUUGAGGUAAAGUUUGAAUCGGAGAAAGCACUUUCUACCGCAUUAUUAUUAAACGAAGCAGAGUUAAAUGGCACACCUAUUCAUGUAAUGGAAGUUAAAAAGGAUGAGCCUCCUGCCUACUCUGAAGGUAGCCAUGUUGCGGAAUCUGACAAUAAAGUUCAGGAUGCAACAAAGACAGGAGAUGAAACAUAUGACGACAUAUCCCAAGAAGAGAAACCUAAGUAUGCGAUUAUGGCUCAAUUAUUAGCAGGCGGCUAUUCUUUGUCUGACAAAGUUAUUGAAAAGUCAAUCAAAAUAGAUAAGGAAAAUGGUAUAUCAACUAAGUUUAAAGAUUUCUUGACCAAUCUUGACAGCAAAUAUAUUCACUCUUCGGAUCCCGAUUCUUCAGCUAGCAAAAAUAUUUCUGCUGCUCAAGCCAAAUUGGGAGAAUUACAAAACAGUUUCGCUCAAUCUAAGUAUCAAGAGAAAUUAAGUUCUUACUUUCAAAAGGCUUCCAAUCUGCCUUAUGGAAUCAAAGUUCAUGACUUUUACAAAAAUUUGGCCAAUGAUGUGAAAGAAGUUCAUGAAGAGGCUCUUAGAUUGAAAGGCUUGAAAAAGGAAAAAGGGUUGGAAGAUAACGUUGCUUCUGCAAACGCUGGUGCGGCUAUCAACACUGUUAAUUAG